AUGGAGCCUGCACAAGAGCCACAGGAGCUGGGACCUCAGACAGAAAUGAUUGCGGACACAAUUCUUGAGGUUGGAGAGAGACUCUUCCAGGUCAGCCGUAGGGUGCUUUCAGUACACAGUCGAUACUUUGAAGCCAUGUUUUUUGGAGGAGCAAGAGAGAGCUCUGAACAGCACAUAGUGAUCAAAGGGGUUGAUGCAGUGCCAUUUCAGGCACUACUUGAGUUCACUCGCACAGCCCAAGUGCUCAUAGGUCAAGAAAAUGUGACCAGCUUACUGGAAACGGCUGAUUUUUUUCAGUUUGAUAGGGUGAAACUGUUGUGUGAGAAAUUUCUGGAGAGAGAACUGCAUGUUUCAAACUGCCUUGGCCUGAUGACCUACUCACAGCAAUUUGCCUUUACAGAGUUGUAUGUGUCUGCUAUGAAUGUGGCUCUCACUCACUGGGGGGAUGUGAUAUGCCAGGAAGAAUUUAAGGCAUUACCCAAAGAAAUGCUGGUGCAGCUCCUGAAGAGUGAUGACCUCUUCAUUUCAAGAGAGGAUGUGGUUUUUGACAGUAUUAUGAUUUGGAUAAUGGAGGACCCAGCAACAAGAGAGGACGAAUUUCUGGAUUUGAUGGGCGAAGUCAGGGUCACUUUUCUGAGUUUGUCCUUCCUUGAUAUCUUGGUGAAACGCAGCAAGCGUGCUGGAGAGACAGAUAUCUUUUCCAGACUAAUAAAGAAGUUAGACAGCUGUCCCCCACCCAGCUGGCAAAAUCCGAAACUGUGUCCUUAUGCUGGCCGGAGCUAUGACACCUUAUAUGUCCUGGGAGGAAAGCAUGACAAAGAACAGCAAGAAUUAUUUCUCUUUCAACCUAAAACAGGGAACUGGCAGGCUUGUUCUCCACUGCAGCGCAGGAACCUCACCCAGUAUGCAGUGGCAGCAGUAGGGAGCUUCCUUUUUGUGACAGGAGGAUAUUUCCGGGAUGAGUUUGUGUGGUACAGUGUGGAUUGGGUGCUCAUCUACAACUGCUUGGACAAUUGCUGGCUGGAAGGGCCAGCCAUGAAGAAGUCCCGCAAUAGCCACUGUGCAGUAGGAGUAGGGCUCUACUUGUAUGUUCUCGGAGGGAGCACAGAUGAAGGGAUAAUCCCAGCAGUGGAGCGCAUGGCUUUGAUGGAGUCAGAGUGGGAAAGCAUGAGUCCUAUGGUUCAGCCUGUGGAGAGAGGUGACGCGGCCAGUGUGGGAACCAGCAUCUAUGUGGUCUGUGGCCUGGAUGAGAAUGGACAUGUAUAUGAUGGAGUGCAAAGGCUGAACACGGAGACAGACAGCUGGGAUGUCAUCUCAUUCUCCCCUCUUCCAAGGUAUGACCUCUGCAUCACAUCCCUGAAUGGGGCUCUGUACACUGUAGGAGGGGAAGCUUUUCGAUUUGAUGUGGAGACAGAUGAAUGGACCCAGGUGAAUGAGGAAUGCUUGACCCAGAAGUUCUUCAUGGGAUGCAGCACUGUGAAUGGACAAAUUUAUCUCCUUGGACAGAGGAAGGGAAACAGCACCCUCCCCAUUGUAGUCCUCUUUGAUCCCUACACUGAUGUGUGCCAGGUCAUAGAUAACAAACUCCCUUGCCCCCUUCCUAUUCAUGGCUGUGUCUCUGUGCGAAGAUUUGAUACGUGGGCAUAAGAGUGGAAGAUCGUGUGCUUUACAGCUGAAGGGAGUUAGAUUGCAUCAACUUUGGCCUGUGACAUUUUAAAAUUUUGUUCCUUUGUAAUUUUACCUUUUUUUUCCUACUUGACAAAUGAACUUGAAGCAAAAGCCAGUGCAAUCUUUGUCUACACAAAGGUUACAGGUCAUUAUUGAAAAUUACCUGAUGAUGGUAUUGACCUGGUGAUUGGUAUUGUUAUGGUAUAUAAACUCCUUAGGGUUGAUGCUCAAUAAUGGGCUGUUCUGACCUUUAACCUUUGUGUCUCUCUGUCCUUUGAACAACUGGAAAAUCACUGCCUCAUUGUUAGAAAAUAUCAUAGGAUUUGAAUAAUCAAAUGGGUGUCAAGGGAAUCUUCAGCAGGAUUAUAAGCCCAUAGUGCUGUAGGACAGAGCAAAAAAAAGAAAAAAAAAAACAACCCAAACAGCAAUUGCUGUCAAGCCAUACUUAAUAUCAGUACCAUUUUAGCCUGAAAAAAGCAAGUUUCACAGGUUAAUUAUGGCUAAAAUUACCUUUAUUCAAGGCUGAAGAGCACCACAGAAGGAGGGAGACUGUUCUGGAUUUAUGGAUUCAGGUAUGUGAUGACAAACAUUUGCACACUGAGUCUUAAGAAUCUGGUUUCAGUUUCCUUUGUCCUCUUUGGGUUCACAGCUGCAGAGACUCAGAAUAAAAAUGCCCAUCCCAAAGCACUAAAAUGAGGGUGCAAGGAGCAGGGUCCUGCACAUAGCUGUAAUUAAAGACUAUGUAUGAGAAAGAGCAUUUCCUGGGCAGAACUAUGGCCUUAGGGCGGUAGGGAUUGAUCUCCAAGGGCACUCAGGCCUCCCAAAUGUGGAGAGAGAGUGACUGCCCCACUGCUGCAACAGAAGCGAGCUGGGAGGCUGCACUGCAAGCACUGCUGUCUUCCUGUGCUGUCAGAGUCUGUUCUUUGAUGUGACACAACAAGAGAGCUCCUGAACUGAAUGAUUAAUCUCUCCAGAGAAGGGGAGAGGCCUUAAAAACUGAGAGAUGUUGGUGAAAAGCAGCCCUGCUGAUUUAUUAAAGAAAUAUGGAUAUUGAUCUAGUACCGAUAUCCAGCUGUGACGGACAAAAACUCUCUAACAGUUUAAAGUUAGAAAGUGUAUGUUCAUUGCGAUGCCAGGCAGCGUGUGGGAUAGCUCCCAAAUACACACUGCGCCUUUCAAAUGAUUAGAGAGUCCUUUAAUCCACACAAGAAUUGAAUACCCAAAAUACAAAUACAUAUUCAUUAUUUUGGUACAUCCCAUUCCUCGCUUCGUAUGCUGAUUGUUAUAAAUAGAGGCGAAUCAUUUGUUCAGCCUUUCAAGAGUCAAUCAGAAAUUUAUUGAUUACAGCAAGCGAUGGCAAGCAAACAGCACUGGGUGCAGCCGGGGAGUCCCCGCUCCGCCUACGGCUCACCCCGUUUCCCCCUUCCUGCAGUCUUUUUAUACUCUCUUUCUUCCGUGUCUGUGGUAUCUCUGGGUGUACUCUGCGCUUGUGCCCUCUGUUGCUAGGGGGUCGUCUUCUACUCUUUGGUGGUCGUUUGAGGAAGGCUCCUCUCUUCUUCCUUGGUGAAAGUCCACGGCCCUGUAAUGGUCUUUUCCACCUAAGUUCUAAUUACACAACUAGCUUAAGUAAUCAACAUAUUAGCUAGUUUGUCUGGCAGUUUUCUGUUAUCUACACAAGGCUUCUCCUUUGGCUCUCUGUUAUCUUACACAAGGCUUCUCAUUUGAUUUUCUGUUAUCUACACAAGGCUUCUCCUUUCUGUCUUGAUGAACAAAGAGUCUUCUCUAACUUAUCACACUAAUCAUUCCAAAAGCUAUUAAGCAUGCGUAGUUUGUUCCUUGAAAUGGGUCAGUGGUCCCUUUCAUGGGGAGGGGUCCCAAAAUGAGGAAGUAAAUGAAGUCUUCCUCAUUCUGACCUUUCUACCUUUUCAAUGCAAAUAUGACAAAUGAACCUUGGUAGAACUUCCAUUCCUUGUCUUGGUUGGUUGGUUUCAGAACAGAGGAGGCCCACAAUUGUCUUAUGUUCCUAAAAGCUAUUUGUCAGUUUCUAUAUUCUUCAUUACAAACCCAACUAACUAAACAUUGUGCUGACAAGCAAUCAGUUAUUAGUUAACUACUAACUCUUAAGUUCAUCAAGGCCUACUAAUUUAUUUUAAUUAACUCUAGUAAGGCUUAUCUCUAACUAAAAUCUUAGCUCCUCUAAAAUCUCUAAAUCCCUUAAAGUUUAUGUUUCACUGCCACUGUGACAGCUCUGUCAGGACAGCAGGCCUGCAGACAUGGAGCCCUCUAGGUCUGGUUUGGCUUCCUCUCCUUGCCAGCUCCCUGCCAAGAGCUGGGGGUCCCAUGAUGUGGCUGCAGCAGCCAAGGCUGGGCCUGUUCUCUGGGCCCAGAGGCCAGUUGUGCCCUGGAGACUGUAUGGGUCUUUUGAAUUAUGACUGAAGUGAUACGUGGAAUAAAUAAAUAGACUCCACAACCUGGGGUAGUUAUGAAGUGGGUAUGUAUGUCAGCGCCCGGCACAAGUGAGAUAGCUCUCUGAAAACAGAAUGUCGGAGUGGGUGGGGGAGGCAGGUUAUCUCCAGGCAGUUUAGAGAAAACAAACAGAGCCAUUAGCUAAUUAACAUUUCAAUAUCGCUGCUCAGCUAGAGCCAGCAGCCGUUCCAGUGUUGCCAUGGGAACUAGGAAGGCCCUGCCCGCCUGGAGUAUCUGCGUCCCAGGGAACUUUGUUCAUUACAUACUGACAAGGUCAGUCCAAAGCCAGGACUAGCCCUGGUCUGUCUGAAACGGAACUGGGAGCAGCUGGAGUCUCCCCUCUUCAGAGGUUCAGACACCUCAUCUCUGAAACAGAGAUUUUUAGGGUUAAGUUAACAAAAUAAAUUAAGCAUUUAUAAUUGUGAAAAAUGCAUAUUUUAUGAUUGGCUUUACGCAAUAGUUACAAUGAAUAUUAUAUGUGUAAUGUUGGAAAGUUAUGCUGUAUUAAUUCUCUCAAGUAGUGUGUUGAAUGUAUUUUUAGGUUAUAACACAAUGUUAAAAUAGAAACUAUACUAUGUAAGAUGCUUUGUAAGUAGCUCAAGAAAGAGAUGAGAUAAUCAAUGAAUUCUUCGCACAAGGAUAACAAUUACAGAAACCCCUAAAUCUUCCAGAGGAGAGGAAUUUAUGGCUUUCCUUAUCAACAGAAACGAACUUCUUCAAGCCUGACUUAGACUCAAAGGCGCCUGGGAAUUAACAGAAACUUUUUGACAAGUACCAGACAAAGUUCUUGUUUUAAAUAAAAUAUAUGCAUAAUCAUGAAGUGUUUUGUAUAUGCAACAGGCUGUUGCUUUUAAGGUGAUUCCUUUGUUCACAAGGCAUGCUUGUCGUGGCUUAAGUGCCCGAGAGCAUCCGGACGUCCGUAAUUCUUUGCUUUUUAUUGUCUUGUAAUUGUCCUAACUCUAAAUUUUUAUUACUCUAAUUGUAUUACUAUUUUUAUAACAAUUUUAUUAUUAUUAAACUUUAAAACUUGUAAAAACCAA